AACGCGACCUCCCUGUUUUUAUCUAAUCCGAGCCAGCUGGUUGUGUAAGUUCAGUGUUUUAUAACUGAUAAUUAUGUAAGGAGGCUAUUGUGACGCAAUUCGCCAUGGUCUUUGUCCACAGUUUCAGCUAGUGUGUUUGGGUGUGAUACAAAGAAAAUUGUCAAAAGAUGCCCCUGCUAACAGAAUGUGGUCACACAGACUCAGUCAGAAUCGGAAUCUUGGAGGUCCAAGGGGCUUUUCUUGAACAUAAAAUUGCUCUGCUGAAAGCAACAGAAAAAUUACAACUGGUCACCCCCAUUGAAAUAUCUGAAGUGCGUCACCAAAGCCACGUGAGCUCCAGUCUGGAUGGGAUAAUAAUUCCUGGGGGCGAGAGCACAACCAUCAGCCUCUUCUUGAAAAGAAACAACAUGGUAGAACCGUUGAAAAAAUGGAUAGAAGACAGGAAACACGUGACCUGGGGAACGUGCGCAGGAAUGAUAAUUUUAGCGAAACAAAAUGAGAAUCAGAAAAUAGGUGGGCAACCAACGUUGGGGGUCAUGGAUACGGAUGUCUCACGGAACUUCUUUGGUCGUCAAGUCAACAGUUUUGAAGCAGACAUAAGUCUUAGUGACAGUUUUUUGAAAAUGUGUCCGGGAGAGAAAACCUUUCACGGCGUUUUCAUCCGGGCACCUGCCGUGGUUCAAACUUUCUCACCAAAGGUUGAAGUCCUCGCCUCUCUGAAACGAGCGGACAUGUCCGAACCGGUGGUUGUGGCUGUCCAGCAGGACAAUGUAAUGGCCACCGCCUUCCACCCGGAACUGACGGAAGACGUCAGGUGGCACCAGUAUUUUAUAGAGCGUGUCUACAAGAACAAACAGGCCAUGACCGGAACAUGAUUAGGUUGUUCUAGAUCUUUUAAUGCAGUUACCUCUCUUUUACUACUCAAGAAUUUUUACUUUUAUUAAAAAUAGUACUGUGUGGAUUUUU